CCCAAGGCCUGGUAAUGGUGACACAGGAUGCGACAGCGUGUAUUUAAGGGCAGGGAGGAGUGCGCGUUCUGGUCUGGUUUUCGAAUUUCCACUCACGUCCAUCUCGCUCCUUCCCUGCUCUACAGCACGCAAACAUGAAACCCGCUUUCGUCAUCGUCCAUGGCCUCACCUUUCCGCCACCAACCUUCGAUCGGCUGCGCAAUGCCCUCGAAGGCGCCGGCUACGACGUCGCUAUUCCCCGAAUGCCGAGCGUGGGCGAAGGCGUGAUCGGCGCGACCAUGGCCACCGAGGUAGCUGCUGUGCGGGCGGCCAUGGCGCCAGCACUAGAAGCGGGCAAGGACAUUGUGCUAAUGGGGCACUCGUACGGCGGGAUAAUCAUUACACCAACUGCGCUCGGAUACACCAAGACAGAAAGGGAGGCGCAAGGCCUCGAGGGCGGCGUCAAGGCAGUGGUUUACCUGGAGGCGUUCGCCGGCUGGGAGAGGGGCAAAUACCCGAUGGACGUGGUGUUUGGGUCCGGCAGCGGCAUACCUGAAAUGUUCAAACCGCUUGUGAUUGACGGCAAGCCCACCGACAACAUCCCCGUGCCCAAGUCACCCACCGACAUGGAAAAGCAAGCCUCGCAGUUCCUGUUCUUUAACACGUGCACGCCCGAGGACACGGAAUGGUGCAUGGGGUUGCUGGAAUCCAUGUCGCUGGGCGCGGCGCUAGAGAAGACAGAGGUUGUGCCGGCGGACCUCAAGGCGUCGCUAACCUACAUUGUCGGAGAGAAGGACAACGCCAUGCAGCCGGCCAUCGCGGAGAGGUUCGUGGCGGGCACUCCUGGAAUGAAGGAGGUGCGGAUGGACACUGGCCACGCGCCGUUUGUUAGCCAUGUAGACGAGCUGGCUAAAAUACUGGAGGGGAUUGCGCAGGAGUAGGGCUGUGCCAAAGGGGUAACUUUGUCGAGCAGACAAAGUCCGACGACGAUGCUGGAGGAGAAAAUUUCCCUGGCGCUCCGCUCCGUGUUUGUACGAUACACUGUUACUGUAGCGAACUCAAGUUAGCUCUUCUCUACCAGACUCCAGUCAAUCUGGAUUCUGACUAACUCCCCUC